AUGCCAGUCAUCUGGCGACCCCAGCCUAGGAGGCUUCCACGGCCUUUUGUGGAAGAUGAAGCCGAGUCUCUCUCUCAUGAACUUGGGGGCUUAUCUUUGUUGGGAGAGAAGCCCGGAGUAGAAGGUGCUUGCGAGCGUGGAACAAUCGAUCAACUACCCAUUUUGCUAGACAUUGAGCACAUUCCUCGGUCAGCUACUGCCGAUACGGAUACUUCAACUUCUCAGCCUCCUUCUCUUGUCAGUGAGACCUCUAGGGAAAGCUCUGGGCCACGUACGCCACCACCGGCUGAGUUUGUCCCGCAAACCAAGCAGGCUCAUCGCCCCCAAUUUGAUGCCGUUCCUUCGUACAACUACUCAUAUGAACAUUCAACGCCUUCUGAUCGCCCUUUCUACUACGCAACUGGUGAGCUGAAUACACUACAGCGAGGUUCACUCACCGACAUGCCUCGAAUGCAACAUCCAAGUCCUCCACCACGCCAAUACAGCCCCUUGCCGUCACCAGCUCUGAAUUCAACUCCUGUCAGCAUUCGGGGUCCUCCGGCAAUCCAACACGUGCAGUCUGGGACACCUCGCAGUCGACCUACAAUAGCGGAGCGCUUGGAAGAGAAACUUCGGUCUCGGAGGGAGCAGAAUGUUUCGUAUAAACACGACGUCAGACGAAGCGAGGAAGACAUACUCCCAUCGACCACAGUGAUUGCUUCUGCUCCACCUUCACCCGUGGAAAGACUAACUGCAAACUCCGCACCUGUGCAGUACAUCUCUGAGCCCAGCUCCCCACUUAGUAUUGUUAUGGAGCUGCAGGCAGAUGAUUCUCAAGAUUGGAGAGAAUAUUACUCCUCAGUCGGUUCAGCAACACCUACUCGCCAGGAUAUGUCUUAUUUUCCAACAACUCCUCAACAGAAAAGGAUGAUAUCCCCACAAAAUUCUUCUAAUGAGAGCACUACGCAGAGUGUUGUGAGGCCACGGCGAGCUGUAUCCUUCAAGGAAACGCCGCAGUAUCGCAUAUUAGAACGUUCUAUAACACCAACCUUCAAUCGCCGCAGUUCUGAUAUGUCUCCCACCCGAUCGACAACCUCGACAAACUCCUUAAAAAGUGUCGCUCCUCGUCCAUCUGAGCCGUCGCCAAACCUUGCUUUGCGUCCUUGCCCAAGAUCUUAUCCAGUUUCGGGCUAUCAUGAUUGGUACACAAUCACUGGGAUGGAGCAUCUGAACAUAUGUCCUUCUUGCAUGGGCCAGAUUGGCAACUCCAAGUUUCGGGACUAUUUCGUACCCAGCCUAAAUACUACAGGGGCGCGUAUACGCUGCUCGUUUAGCGAGGCAUGGACAAGACUAGCCUGGAUCCAGACUUUCAAAAAAAACUACGACAACCUGGAUCUACUCUAUGAAGUGACCCGUCCAACUGGUCUAACAUGUCCCGGUCGGAGACUAUCAACUCAAGUGUGGUACCGUGUGGUUGACUCCCAAACGGGUCUGAAUGUUCCCAAGUUCGCAGCUUGUGCAGCAUGCGUUCGCAACGUCGAAAUCUUGAUGCCUCCACUUCGGUCGACCUUCCGACGUCAGCCCGUCCUCCAGGAGAAGUUUUGUGAUCUCUCUGUCGACAGUCCACGAUUUGUGAAAUACAUUGAUCUUCUCGACGCUGCAUCCACUAAAUGCGAAUACGAGCGGUUUAUUGACUACUUUGAGCGGAAGUGUAACCUACGCGAUUGCCGACGUCAACGACUCAUCAUUGGAACAUGGCAUUAUAUUCCGGAACUGCCUGAAUUCACAGUCUGCGAGGAUUGUUACGAUGAUGUUGUGCGGCCUCUCGCAGCAGCACAAAAGUCAAUAGCACGACGACUAGCGAAUCCUCCUCGACUGCUACCAGGAUCAGGCCCGAACCGAUGCCGCGAGGCAAGCUGCCAAUUAUAUUCACACCGCAUGCGAGCAAAAUUCAAAGAUGCAGUUUUGAACAAUGAUUACCGUAUGUUGGAGUCCAUUGCACUGAAGAGGUUCGAUGCCGAAUCACGAUUCCAUGAUAGAGAGGAGGAAUUGCUUCGUGUACCAGAAGCGGAUAGGGGGUAUCAUUGGGAGGACGAAUGGAGGCGCAAUCUUGAACUUUGGAGACUAUACGAAUGA